GCCCUGUACGAUAGUUGGGAUUAGCAUGGUAGCAUGAAACGUCAACAUGUCCGCAAAAGUAAACAGUGAAACUCAUGAAACUCUGUUCUCCUUUGAGGUUUUGGUUGAUUACAUCCGCAUCGAGAGCAAACACGUUUCUGGUGAACUGGCGCUUGCGUUGCGACUUCUGGACUUCCCCACUUUGAUCGUGUAUCAGCCAGAGAAGAGCCAGAGAAGACCCGAGGAGCUUCAUGGGGAUGAUGGAGGAGAGCAAGCAGCGGGUCUACCAUCGUUUAGGGGCGACCACGUGUUUCGUAAAGGGAAGUCUUGCUUGUUCAAAAUCAGUAUGGAGGCGCUGCAUAGCCAGCUCGCGGACACGCCCCUCUAUGCCAUGGUGCUGGACGUCAGAGGAGAGGUCCCGACCUUAGUGGGAACCUCUCUCAUCCCACUGGCACAACUCGUGGGCAAAAUACGGCUGGAUGUGAACGCUCGUGGUAUUUCCAAUCCCUCCUCUCAUGGGGAAAAGGGCCAUAUUGGCAUAUUAAACCUAAUGGGGGAUAGAAUUGGAGUGAUGUCUCUGAAGUAUAAACUCUUGAGUCUGGGGACUAGUUUACUGCCUCAUAUUUUAGAAAAGAGGACACAUGUCAUAAGCAGCAUACAUGACACACGACGUGAGCAUGUGCAGAUGGACGUGGAGGAGGACACUUGUUUUACACAUCCAUUAUCCUGUGGGAAGAUCAAACCGUCAGAUCUUCACGAUGAAUCCCUCUUCGGAGACAGACAAUCUAAUCAGAAGUGUGACGCAACGAGGGAUGCGCGUGCUUGCGUUGCCACUCAGACAGAACCCAUGCCAAGGCUCAACGCUAACCCACCGGCCUGGGUGGCAUCCUGUCCUUUUGAGGAGAAUCCCAACGUAUUCUGUCCCCCCAACCUGUUCUACAGCAGCUCAGGAGAGGAGACAGGGACCAGCCCAUGUGUGGAUGAGUUGGAGGGUGUGUUUGAGGUGGAAGGUGUGGAGCGCUUCACACCUGAAGCUAUAGAACACCCUACACCUCAGACAGCUUCAGCAGUAGAGCAUGACACGAACAGCCACAAACAAGAAGAUCCGAAUGGGCUUAUGCAGAAUUUCCCCUUGGAGACGUUAAGACAGUUGCCUUUAUUGAAUGCUCUUCUGGUUGAGCUGUCACAACUGACCAGGCAGGGAGUUCAACAGCCCUUGUCUAUUCAUCCCCACCUAGCAUGGAUUUACAGUCCCACCCUGGCACAGCCGCUGGUGGCGGCAGGCACAAACUCAACAGCACCGACACAACAGCCGAACACACCAAGACAGAAGACAGAUCCCAGGUUAGGAGACGGAUCCGAAACACACAUGGAGCCUGUGUCCAAAAAAAAUAACGACACAAAGAGAAGCAACACAUCUGCGGGAAGAACACUGAAAUAUGGAACAACGAGAACGUUCCAGCUCAGGCUGAAGCGAAUCCCACCAGGACAGGCGAAACACAGAGAGUGCCUGGGCAUACAGUCUCUAUCCCAGACGACUAAGAGCGCCUCAGACAACAAAAAACACACCGGCCUAUUAAAACACGACAGAGGGAAAACAGCAGUGAACCAGACGGCUAGUGUUGAUGAGGAGGUAGAGGCGGUGAUUCACAGCUUGGCCGGUGACUCAGCCGCCAGCCAAACGGGCCGACUGCACAUGUACGAGCAUCAGUCAAAGCCCGCUGGGGAAACGUUCAAAGUGGAGAUGGCCGGCAAAGGACCUCAAAAGCAUUCUCUGCGUUCAGAAUCCAACACGAAACGUAUCCCAGCUAACGGUGUGGGAGAUGAAGACGCCGCCGCACUCGGGCGAGGCGACGACGGCCGCGGGGGAUCGACUCAAACACGACCGCUCGCUGAUAGGACGACGGAGGAGGAGGAGGAGGCGGACCACGACGGACGCAGCAGCAGGAGCAGCAGCCGUAGCAGCAGCAGGCUAUGGAGCCCCCACUCAACGCACCGGAGCGCCAGCAGCCGUGGCAGAAGAGGAGGAGGAGGAGGAGGUGACGAAGAACAGUACAUGGAUGACUUCAACAGUCUGGACCCCAGUGAGGGGCGGUCCCCGGACCCUCUGAGCAGCCCUGAGUCCGGCCUAGCCCCCCUGGGCCGGUCGAGGAGGUUCUCUGAGUCGCCAGGGUCAUCCCUGGAGGCGGGGUCAAAUGGGCCCCUGUGGAGGGGCCCCCCGCUCCCCGUCCCCGUGGGGGCCCGGGGCUCCCCACAGCGCUCUCUGAGGGCCACGCACAUCAUCCGGCCCCGCACACAAGUCUCAGCGCUCAGCGUUUCCUCAGACGACGACUACGACGGUGGGAGGUCUGUUCGUUCGUCCCGGACGGUAGUGCGCUCCAGCCCACAGACGCGGGGGCCCGGCGGGGACCACGGCGGGGCCCCCAGGAGCUCGGUCACCGAGAGCCUCCGGUCGUCCAGGGGCCGUCUGAGUGACUCAGCCCAGAACAGCGGCCCAGCUGGGGGGCUCUCCGCUGACUCUGACGCGUCCUAUGACUCAUGUGAGGUGGAGGAACUGAGAGAUGGGCUUGGAUCCCUUGAUUUGAAAAUAAAUUAUCAACACGUCUCUGAGCUGGUAGCCAACAAGCUUCCUGGAUACACUCUUUAAUGGACUGUAUCAUUUAGUACAAAAUGAUGUAUUUUUGCAUUUUGUUUAGUUGAGGUACACUCAUAUUCAGGCCUAUGUGGAUGUU